AUGACAUCCAAAGGUGAACGCAUCACUCUAGAAUCUGUGACACUAGAAAAAGAUCUAGGUGUGACUAUUGAUUGUGAUCUAAAAUUCAGCAAACAUGUCAGUAUUCAAGUCAACAAAGCUAACAAUCUUCUCGCACUGAUCCUGAGAGGUUUCACAAUGCUGGACAAAGUGUCCCUUCCCACUCUGUACAAAUCAAUCAUUCGUCCUCAUCUAGAGUAUGGAAAUGUGGUCUGGCACCCCACACUUAAAGGUGAUGAAGAACAACUUGAAAAAGUGCAACGUCGGGCCACCAAACUAAUUCCUGAACUACAGCACCUUGCUUACUGCGAUCGUCUCAGAAAAUUGGAUCUACCAUCGCUGUACUAUCGGAGAGCUAGAGGCGACAUGAUUGAUUGUUACAAGCAUUUAACAAGAAUUUACAACUUUGCCCAAUCACGUAUCUAUCACGAUUAUUGUGUAGUCGGCGCAGGACCCAGCGGUCUACAGAUGGGAUAUUUCCUGGAGAGCAAAGGUCGUGACUACGUCGUGUUCGAACGAUCAAAUACUCCAGGCAGUUUCUUUGAAACGUAUCCUCGUCACCGAAAGUUAAUCAGCAUCAACAAACGUCACACAGGUCAGGUGAACCCGGAGUUCAACUUACGUCAUGACUGGAACUCCCUGUUGUCCCAUGACCCAGACCUGCUGCUCACCAAAUACACCAGACAAAUGUUUCCUCAUGCAGAUGUGUUGGUCAAAUAUCUGAGAGAUUAUGAGCAAAAGCUUGGUAUCAAUGUCCUCUACAACACAUCGGUUACCAACAUCCGCCCAGUGGAUGACGUCACUGUGUCUGACGGUCACCGAUUUCUGAUGGAGGACCAGAGAGGGCAGCAAUACCAGUGUCGGACUUUGAUCAUGGCCACUGGAGUUGGCCAGCCCAACAUCCCUGAUAUGGAAGGCAUCCAGCUGGCGCACGGCUAUGAAAACAUGUCUCUCGAUCCGGAAGAUUAUGAGGGAAAAACUGUUCUCAUUCUGGGUCGCGGGAACACAGCUUUUGAAAUAGCGACUAGCCUGUACGGGUCCACAAACUACAUCCACAUGCUGUCCAGCUCCAGGGCAAGACUGUCCUGGUCAACGCACUACGUUGGUGAUUUGAGGGCGGUGAACAACGAUCUCCUGGACACCUAUCAGCUCAAAUCUCUAGACGCCAUCAUGGAGACAGAUCUGGAAAAGUUGGCUUUGUUCAAGCGAGGGGACAAGAUCCAUAUCACUCACGCCGACAACGACUUUCUGCCCAGACGUGUAGACAACACAGCCCUGCGUGAUCCUUAUGAUAUUGUCAUCAGAGCUCUCGGGUUCAAAUUUGAUUCUUCAAUUUUCAACAAGACAGAAAUCACAAGAGGCAGACUCAGGGCCUCUAAGUUUCCGACCAUCUACCACAACUACGAGUCUGUGGAUCAUUCUGGAAUGUUCUACGCCGGAACCGCUUCUCACUCCCUCGACUUCCGGAAAUCGGCAGGGGGAUUUAUUCAUGGAUUUAGAUACACUGAUGGCCAGUCCGUCCAAUACCUCGAGGAGUUUCCCAUCAACCUGCUACAUCAGCUGCCACAGCGUACGGGCAUCGAGGGCUCCGAGGUGAUGGUCAUUGUAAUGGAAUAUGGACACAACUUCUCAAGGCCUGGUAACGACAUCUUCCGCACUGACCGCACCGUCAGAGGACCUUGUGAAGCUCAUAAAUCCAACUUCCUGCACCCCGUUAUCUACUACUACUCGUCUCUGCCUACAGAAUCAAUGAUGAAGUCCAGAGGGGCCCAGGACACUCUGCCCCGGCCUGACGCUCUUCACCACAUCGUGGAGGACUUCACAGCCUUCUGGACGUCCCAGCACAGCCACAUCCUGCCGCUCCGCCGCUUCCUGGAACACGUCACCAACACUGACCUCAGGUCUUUCUUCUCCUCCAGCUGCUUCCAAGCGGCCAUGACGUUCACGAACGUUCCCCAAAGUUGUGUGCGGGGCUACAUGGAGGGACGAGGGUUAAUGAGUACUCCCGAGCUUACUGAUGUAGUUAGCAGACACGGCCUUAUUGAUCAAAUUUAGGCAAGGGAUUUGUCGAUGAUUUUAUUCCAGCAGUAUACUGUUUAUCUCUGUCGGAAAGCCCAUGUUAUAGACAACUGAACGUUGCAUUGAUGGGGGGGGGGGGGGGGGCGUUCAUGGU